AUGACGUCCAUACAGAGGUGGCAAGAAAAGGGUUGGGCGCUCCUGCACUUAUUGUUGGUGGUGUCUGUCACUCAGGCUGAUGAGCUGUUGUGCAGGCGGAGAGGGGAUCCUGAGAAUCCACAGCUAUCUAAGGAUGGGGAUAUUGUGUUGGGCGGAAUCUUCUCUUUCCACAGCCGCUGGAAAGAUAGAAAAGACACCUACAUAGACAAACCAUUGCCACUGCAAUGCACCAGUCUGAAUUUCAGAGGGUUUCAAUAUGCCCAGGCUAUGCUCUUUGCCAUAGCGGAGAUUAAUAAUAGCACACACAUUCUACCAGGCAUCUCUCUGGGAUAUAAGAUCUAUGAUGUAUGUGGCUCCAUUGGAAGAGUUUUAACUGUUGCAUUGGCCUCAACUACUGGUAAUGAAAUGGUAUUUGCACCCUCCGAUGUACCAUGUACCCGACCAGUCAAUGUGCAGGCUCUUUUGGGAGUGACCUCUUCCUCUCCUUGCAUGGCCAUAUCUACUGUAAUCGGACCCUUUCAUAUACCACUGAUCAGCCACUUUGCUACUUGUGCUUGUCUCAGUGAUAAAACCAAGUACCCAUCAUUCCUCAGAACAAUACCCAGUGACUACUACCAGAGCAGAGCCCUGGCCCAGUUGGUCUACUACUUUGGUUGGACUUGGGUUGGAGCUAUUAGAUCAAAUGAUGAUUAUGGCAAUGAUGGCAUGGCCAUAUUUACAGAAACUGCCCAGCAGCUGGGUAUCUGUCUGGAAUACUCUGUGCCUUUCUUCAGAACAGAUGCACCAGACAAAAUACAAAAGAUAAUUGACAUUAUGAAAGGUUCCACUUCCAAGGUGAUUGUAGGUUUCCUCUCACAUAUGGAUAUGGAUGUGCUACUACAGGAGCUGUCUCACCACAACUUGACUGGGUACCAGUGGGUCGGCACUGAGGGUUGGAACUCUGAUUCCAGAAUUGCAGCAAUGGACAGGCAUCACAUUCUGGAUGGUGCCAUUGGCCUAUCCAUCCCCAAAGCACAUGUCAGUGGCAUGACAGAGUUUAUUUUGAAUGUGAAGUCACUCAGGUCAUCUAGUAAUGAAUUUUUUACAGAGUUUUGGGAAACAUUAUUUAGCUGUAGGUUGAACAAAUCAAAGUCGUCAGAAGAGAAUCAGACAGAAUGUACUGGAAAUGAGGAUGUGACUGGAGUGCAAAACACAUUCACUGAUAUGUCACUCAUGCCUAUCUUUUACAAUGUUUAUAAAGGAGUGUAUGCUGUGGCUCAUGCACUUCAUAAUAUUCUCAGAUGUAAUAAAACAUGUAACAACAAGGUGCAGCUAGAUCCAUUUACGAUUUUGCAGCAUAUAAGAAAGAUUCGGUUCACAACAAAGGAAGGAGAUGAAGUUUACUUUAAUGAGAAUGGAGACCCAGCAGCCAAAUACGAAAUUAUGAACUGGCAGCGAAAUGAAAAUGGCAUGGUGGACUUUGUCAGAGUUGGUCUUUACGAUGCUUCUUUACCUGCAGACAAACAGCUGACUCUGCAAAAUGAGUCUUUAGUUUGGGCACAGAACUUACAACAGGUGCCUUUGUCAGUUUGCAAUGACAAAUGUCCACCAGGAACUCGUAAGGUUCUGCAGAAAGGAAAGCCUGUGUGCUGCUAUGACUGUUUAAGAUGUGCAGAGGGAGAAAUAAGCAACGCUACAGAUUCAAUCACCUGUGUGCGAUGCCACCCCGACUACUGGUCAAAUGAGAGAAGAGAUGCCUGUGUAAAGAAGGAAGCAGAGUUUCUCUCAUAUGAGGAGAUUAUGGGAACACUGCUCACUGCAGCUUCUCUCUUUGGAACAUGUAUGACUGCUGUUGUGGCGUUCAUUUUCUUCAGAUACAGACAGACUCCUGUUGUCAGGGCCAACAACUCUGAGCUGAGCUUUCUGCUGCUCUUCUCCUUGAUUCUGUGUUUCCUGUGUUCUCUGACCUUCAUCGGCCGGCCCUCUGAGUGGUCCUGCAUGCUGCGACACACAGCAUUCGGCAUCACCUUUGUCCUCUGUAUCUCUUGUGUUCUGGGGAAAACAAUAGUGGUGUUAAUGGCCUUCAGGGCCACACUCCCAGGUAGUGAUGUGAUGAAAUGGUUUGGGCCUGCACAGCAGAAACUCAGUGUUCUGGGUUUCACUCUUGUACAAGUUAUCAUAUGUAUCCUCUGGUUAACAAUUUCUCCUCCUUUUCCCUUUAAGAAUUUUAAAACAUUUAAGGAUAAGAUCAUCUUAGAGUGUGCUCUGGGCUCAGCUGUAGGCUUUUGGGCUGUACUUGGGUACAUAGGACUUUUGGCUAUGUUGUGUUUUAUUCUUGCUUUUCUGGCUCGGAAAUUGCCUGAUAAUUUCAAUGAAGCCAAAUUUAUCACCUUUAGCAUGCUGAUAUUCUGUGCAGUAUGGAUCACUUUUAUCCCUGCAUAUGUCAGCUCUCCUGGGAAGUUCAGUGUAGCUGUGGAGAUAUUUGCUAUUCUGGCUUCAAGUUUUGGACUGCUCAUUUGUAUUUUUAUCCCCAAAUGUUAUAUUAUCUUACUGAAACCAGAGAAGAACACGAAAAAGAAUAUGAUGGGGAAGGGAGCACCAAAGUGGUCAGAGAAGGGCCAGGCACUCUUACUGCUAUUGGUGGUGGUGUCAGUCUCUCAGGCUGAGCAGCUGGCAUGCAGACAGAGAGGGGAUCCUGAGCAGCCACAGUUAUCUAAGGUUGGGGACUUUGUGCUGGGGGGGAUCUUCUCUUUUCACAGCAGCUGGAAAGAGAGUCAGGAUGAUUACAUGGAAAAACCAUUGCCGCUGCAAUGCACCAGAUUAAACUUCAGAGGGUUCCAAUAUACCCAGGCUAUGCUCUUUGCAAUAGAGGAGAUUAAUAACAGCACUGACCUACUGCCUGGCAUAACUCUGGGAUAUAAGAUCCACGAUGCCUGUAGCUCCAUUGCUAGAGGUGUGAGGGUUGCACUGGCCCUGGCUAAUGGUAAUGAAGAAGUAUUUGCACCCUCUGAGGCACCAUGUACCACAACUGCCCAAGUGCAGGCCAUUAUGGGAGAGACCUCAUCUUCUCCUUGCAUGGCCAUAGCUACUGUCAUUGGACCCUUUCAUAUCCCACUGAUCAGUCACUUUGCUACUUGUGCUUGCCUUAGUGAUAAAACCAAGUACCCAUCAUUCCUCAGAACAAUACCCAGUGACUACUACCAGAGCAGAGCUCUGGCCCAGCUGGUCAAGUACUUUGGAUGGACUUGGGUUGGAGCUAUUAGAUCAAAUGAUGGUUAUGGCAAUAAUGGCAUGGCGACAUUCAUAGAAACUGCCCAGCAGCUGGGUAUCUGUCUGGAGUACUCCGUUUCUGUCUUCAGAACAGAUCCACCAGACAAAUUACAACAAAUAGUUGACAUUAUCAAGGCUUCCACGUCAAAGGUGAUUGUCACAUUCCUCUCUCCCUCUGAUUUGUAUGUGGUAAUACACAAGCUUUCUCACCACAACUUGACUGGGUAUCAAUGGGUAGGUACUGAGGCCUGGAUCUUUGAUUCCCAAACUGCAGCUAUGGACAGGCAUCACAUUCUGGAUGGUGCCAUAGGCCUGUCCAUCCCCAAAGCACAUGUCAGUGGCAUGAGAGAGUUCAUGUUGGAUGUGAAGCUGCUCAACUCAUCUAGUAAUGAAUUGUUUAUAGAGUUGUGGGAGACAUUAUUCAGCUGUGAGUUCAAACAGUCAAACUCAUCAGCAGAGAACCAGAGAGAAUGUACUGGACAUGAAGAUGUGACUGAAGUGCAAAACAGCUUCACUGAUAUGUCACUCAUGCCUAUCUUUUACAAUGUUUAUAAAGGAGUGUAUGCUGUGGCUCAUGCACUUCAUAAUAUUCUCAGAUGUAAUAAAACAUGUGACAACAAGGUGCAGCUAGAUCCAUUCACAAUCUUACAGCACAUCAAAACAGUUUGGUUCAAAACAAAAGAAGGUGAUGAUGUUUACUUUAAUGAGAAUGGAGACCCAGCAGCAAAGUAUGAAAUUAUAAACUGGCAGCCAACAGAAAAUGGAAUUGUGGACUUCAUCACAGUUGGUCUUUAUGAUGCAUCUUUACCUGCAGACAAACAGUUGAAUCUACAAAAUAAGUCUUUAGUUUGGGCCCAGAACUCACUACAGGUGCCGUUGUCAGUUUGCAGUGAGAAAUGUCCCCCAGGAACCCGAAAAGUUCUGAAGAAAGGAAAGCCUGUCUGCUGCUAUGACUGUUUAAGUUGCGCAGAGGGAGAAAUCAGCAACACCACAGAUUCUAUCACCUGUGUGCGAUGUGACCCUGAGUUCUGGUCAAAUGAGGGAAGAGAUGCCUGUGUAAAGAAGGAGGCAGAGUUCCUCUCAUAUGACGGGAUUAUGGGAGCACUGCUGACUGCAGCGUCCUUGUUUGGAACAUGCACGACUGCUGUUGUGGCGUUCAUUUUCUUCAGAUACAGACAGACUCCUGUUGUCAGAGCCAACAACUCUGAGCUGAGCUUCCUGCUGCUCUUUUCCUUGAGUCUGUGUUUCCUGUGUUCUCUGACCUUCAUGGGCCGACCCUCUGAGUGGUCCUGCAUGCUGCGACACACAGCAUUCGGCAUCACCUUUGUCCUCUGUAUCUCUUGUGUUCUGGGGAAAACAAUAGUGGUGUUAAUGGCCUUCAGGGCCACACUCCCAGGUAGUGAUGUGAUGAAAUGGUUUGGGCCUACACAGCAGAAACUUACUGUUCUGGGUUUCACUCUUAUACAAGUUGUCAUUUGCAUCCUCUGGUUAACAAUUUCUCCUCCUUUUCCCUUUAAGAAUAUUAAAAAGUUCAAGGACAAAAUCAUCUUAGAGUGCGACAUGGGGUCAACUGUAGGGUUUUGGGCUGUACUUGGGUACAUUGGACUUCUGGCGAUGUUGUGUUUUAUUCUUGCUUUUCUGGCUCGGAAACUGCCUGAUAAUUUCAAUGAAGCCAAAUUUAUCACCUUUAGCAUGUUAAUAUUCUGUGCAGUAUGGAUCACUUUUAUCCCAGCAUAUGUCAGCUCUCCUGGAAAGUUCAGUGUUGCUGUAGAGAUAUUUGCUAUUCUGGCUUCAAGUUUUGGACUGCUCAUUUGUAUUUUUAUUCCAAAAUGUUAUAUCAUCUUACUGAAGCCAGAGAAGAAUACAAAAAAGCACAUUAUGGGGAAGGAUACAUCAUUAUGA